GGGCUAGGAGAGAGAAUCCCAAAAUUCAACAUUGCUACUUCUUCGUAAGCUCUCUCUCAAUCACCAUGGAAGGAGCAAUGUUUCCAAAGCAUUUGUCAUCUUCUGUCUCAUAUGUUCCAAACUAGCUUCUCAGAAUGGAAAGAGAAUGUUGAAUUCACCUUGGGAGUACUUGAUUUGGAUAUGGCUCUUACCAUUGACAAGCCACCUUCUAUUACCAAUACAAGUACGGAUGAUGAAAAGACUCUCUUUAAAGCUUGGGAGAAGUCUGACAGAUUGAGUGUUUAUGUUUUUACGUAUGACAAUUGCUAGCAACAUCAAAACC